CUAGCUGCCUGCUGCCUCCGCAGUGUCCCUCUAGCUCCCUCUGCGCUAAGUGCCUGCGCCUUAGACCAGAGGGUGCGCAAAGCAGAAAGAUUAGUCCGGACCUGCCUUGGUGACCCCAUGGCAUCCCCUAGAACCGUAACCGUCGUGGCCCUCUCAGUGGCCCUGGGACUCUUCUUUGUUUUCAUGGGGACUAUCAAGUUGACCCCCAGGCUCAGCAAGGAUGCCUACAGUGAGAUGAAACGUGCUUACAAGAGCUAUGUGCGAGCCCUCCCUCUGCUGAAGAAAAUGGGGAUCAAUUCCAUUCUCCUCCGCAAAAGCAUUGGUGCUCUUGAGGUGGCCUGUGGCAUUGUCAUGACUCUCGUGCCUGGGCGUCCCAAAGAUGUAGCCAACUUUUUCCUCCUCUUGCUGGUGUUGGCGGUCCUCUUCUUCCACCAGUUAGUCGGUGAUCCUCUCAAACGCUACGCCCAUGCCCUGGUGUUUGGAAUCCUGCUCACCUGCCGCCUGCUGAUUGCCCGCAAGCCUGAAGACCGGUCUUCUGAGAAGAAAUCCUCACCGCCAGAGAAUGCGGGGAGUGACAGCAAUGUGGGGAAUACCGAAGAGCAGCCGUCCUUAUAUGAGAAGGCCCCUCAGGGCAAAAUGAAAUUGUCGUAGGAGAGCAGAAGUGCAAAAAAUGGACCUUCCAGGCAGUUGCCUCCAUGACACCCAGGAAGAUGUCAGUGUGUGUUUUUCAUUUGAUUUAUUUAUCUUGGGGGAAAAGGGACACAUAUAACCUGCAAGUUGAUGGUCCUAUUGGCUUGUCUACACCUAUACCCUAAAGUGACCUCCCCACAUAGAUGUGUGUGCACCACCUUUAAUCACUCUGGGGCAACUCUCACAUCUUGCUGCAUGUACAUGUAUAUGGCUAACUAUUGAAGUGUUUUUGUGAGAUGGAUUCCAGCAAGCAUGUGACUGUGAGAUUAUGUGUGUGUAAACGUUACUUUGUGUGUGUGUGUGUGUGUGUGUAUGUGUGUGUGUGUUCACUCGCAUGUGCGAAGGAGAAGGCUCUGAUCUUGAACUAAUCCUGCAUAGGUAUCCUUUCCUUUAUAGACUGAUUCUAGUGAAGGCAGAAUAAAAUAAAUCUCCUAUAAAGAGAAUCCCACUUACUUCUUGGUAUAAAACAAACUAUGCAUUCCCGUGGGAUAGGGGGAUCCCUCACUAGAUUAAGCUGAAAACUUAAACUUCCCACUUUAGGAAAAAGUUCCUUCAAUUUGAGACACUGAGUUACAUGUAAAAUGAAUUAACCUCUACUUUAAAAGUUGGUUAAAUUGUAAAUACUCCAUAUUGAGUUUAAUUAAAAUAAGGGAAAUAUGCAGUCAGUAGAUAGUCUAAUUCUUCAAGUGAUAAAAUUGGAAGUUUCACCUUGCCUUUGCCAGAGCCCAGCCUACUAAGCUCCUUUACUCACAGUUGGAAACUGAAACAAUAAACUUGUUAUCAGACAUCUGUUUUGGAUUUUCUUAAGCCAAAAGCUGCCUCACUUCCACUAUUCUCAGCAGCUAACCAGGAUUUGGCAGCUGCUCCACUGUUGCGGUUGAGGGAGCAAAGAUUAGUCCUGUUAGAAGUCUGUGAAUCUCCAACUCUAGCUGUUCUCUUUAAUCAUCUGAAAUUUGACAGAGGAGCUGUAUCCAGUCUUUCCUGCCAAACAGAUUCACUAUUCUUUCUGAAUUUUCACUGAACUUUGCUAGUGUAAGCAGAGAUCCAAGUUACCCCCAUGGUUGUAUCCUCCACUACACUUCUUUCAGUGGGUGGAGUUUAGCUGGGGGGAGGACAUUUGAUAUGGGUUAGUCAGAUUGAGCAGUAUGAAAAUUUGCUUUCUUCAUUAUAUACUGCUGCUUCUCCUUGUUAGAUGUGCUCUGAUGGUUUAAAUAUCAUUGUGCCAGGGAUGGGGAAAGGGGUGGGGGUGUUGUGUGUGGGGAGUACGAAUUAAUGUAUUUUCUUCAGUGUCAUUGUUCUUGUUAAUUGAUACCUCUCUGUCUUAUUUCUCUCAUUCUUUCAAAAUAAACAUUUUUGAAGUUUGGAGGAAA